GCGUCGCACACAACAUCUAACAUAAAACACGGGAUAGGAACGUACGUUUUCCCAAUCCACUUCUACGCGAUCGAAAAGUUUGGACCACACAGAUUACAUUUUGAUGGCCAAAGCAUGUCAUUGAAGAAGCGACAGAAGAUCUACACAUCGGACAGGUUUUGAUGAAGAUGGAAUGCCACUAAGUCACUUCAAGAUUGUCGUCAAUAACUAUGAAGCGUUCAAUCAUUUUAUGCAAGUACCGGUAGAUUGCUGAUUCUCCCCUUCCCGCCUUGUAAACUCAAAAUGAAGCGAAAAGUGCCUUCAUUAAAUCAACUAGAGGGCCAUCAGCGCUCCCGUAGUGGUAGAAUUAGAAGACCACCACCAUCAGGCAGUGCAGAUGUCUCUUUAUCAGAAGGGUCUAGGAGAAGAGAUCGUAACCUACCAAGGCUGGUCACAUCCCUUUCUUCGUCUUCUGAAUCUUCGGAUUCUGGUUUCUCUGAUCUUAGUCCAUCAACAUUUAGCCUGGAAAGGCAAGGGUACUCCCAGCAUCAACCAAAUGUAAGCAGCGCUUCAGGCUUUGCAAGUGUGCCAUCGGUUUCACCGGUUGCAUCAGCAGUACCUGAGUAUCUAGAGUCAUGUCCAUCGAGUUCGUCACAUUCCCCGCUAACAGCCCAACUGGGAGCUGCUAUAUCGAGGUCACUAUCUCAGCCAUCUCAGGAGGCUCUUCUGGCCCAGUCCCUCCUAUCACCUGUCCAAGAUACAACACCAGCGGGUCAGACUAGUCCACCAGGUUUGUCUUCACUACAUCAAUCUGUCCACACUGUAGCUUCUACCCUCUUGCAACCGUCAGAAUUAGCAAGCUCCAUCGGUACAGCAAUAACAACAACAUCACCGAGCAGCCAGCGAGUAAACCGUGGCCAGCCAUUGACGUUAAAGAGAGCUGGGCCGUAUCUACUUGGACCACGCUUAGGUACCUCUCCUGUCCGAAGUAUAGUUCAUUGUCUGGCUCGUAAAGAAGGCACAGACAACUUUUACUCAAUGAAGUUACUUACGUUAUCUGAGCAAGGCAAAGAGAGUAAUGAUGAGAGGCAAGGGAAGAUGUUACUUCAUACUGAGUAUUCCCUGCUGUCAUUACUACAUAAUCAAGAGGGAGUUGUACAUCAUCAUGGACUCUUUCAAGACCGAGCCUAUGAGUUAAAACAUGACCACGCCCGAAGCAACAAAGGACAGAGACCAGCUCCUACAGGUCGAUACAAGAAACGUCUGUGCUUGGUAUUGGAUUGCCUGGCAGCGCACGAGUUCAGCAACAAGACAAGUGAUCUGAUGAACCUUCAGCAUUAUGUCAUACAGGAGAAGAAACUCAAUGAGAAGGAAGCCAUUAUAAUGUUCUCUGAUGUGGUUCGCAUCGUACAGAGCUUACAUGAGAAAAAUAUUGUUCAUAGAGAUCUGAAGCUGGGUAAUAUGGUGCUGAACAAGCGGACUCGUCGUAUCACCAUCACUAACUUCUGUCUAGGCAAGCAUCUAGUCAGCGAUCGUGAUUUGCUGAAAGAUCAGCGUGGAAGCCCUGCGUACAUUAGUCCUGAUGUAUUGAGUGGAAAGCCAUAUCUUGGUAAACCUAGUGACAUGUGGGCACUUGGAGUUGUAUUGUUUACAAUGCUGUACGGUCAGUUCCCGUUCUACGAUAGCGUCCCUCAGGAACUCUUUCGGAAGAUCAAGGCUGCAGAAUAUAUCAUUCCUAAUGAUGGGCGGGUGUCAGAGAAUACGAUCAAUCUAAUCAGGAACCUGCUAGUCUUGGAUCCAGCUGUUCGAAUGUCUGCUACUCAGGUCUCGGAAGCCUUGGACAAAACAUUGGCUAUGUGGAAGUCAUUGGCUUUACAAGGAGAACAACUUCAAGUUGUUCCUGACUUAGACAUAGACGGUGAUGGUGUAGAAGAUGUAGAUGGUUCACCUCCAACCAAACGCCUUAAAGAGACGCCGCUACAGACCCCACCAGAGUGGGACCUGAAACUACACGCAGAUCGUAGUGUCAUCAGUCUGGAUAUGCGACUACAACCACCAGCAAGGAGACGCUUGGUGCGCCCACCUGUCCAUAAACUGAAUCAGGAUGCACGACCUUUGACCCAAGCCGAGACCAUGGCUCACCGUAACCUGUUGGUGUGAUGUGAGUAGUUCCUAGUUUGAUACAUGUAGGUAGGGAUUCUGUGGUGAUGGUUAAAUGUCUUGAUAUUUUGACUCUAGGUUUGGAUUUUCAUUACUGCGUGAAAUAUGAUUGUCUCCUUACAACUGGUUCGAUGGAAUCAAAAAUCAGAAUUGCUUACUUAAUCUUUUGUUUUUUAAUGAAUUUAAAGGAAUUCAAUAAAUGAUGAGUGUUGAACACCAUCCAAACAAGCUGAAGCUUGUACUGGAUGUACCAAAAAAUUAAAUGAAGCACAAAAACUAAAUGCGUAAAAUGAGUACAAUAUAAACUAUUCAUAAGAUGGAAUUUGCGUACAGUAUGUUUUGUAAUUAACGUUUAACAAAUAUUUUCCAAAAAAAGGAGAAAAUUAUUAGGAAGGGGACAGUUUAUAAUUAUAAGUAAUUAGGUUAGGGUGAGUGGGUUUAGUAGCAUAGCUUGACUGAAUACAUUAAUGACUUCUGCUAAAGUGACUACUAACAUGGAGAAACAAAUGGUGUUUUGGAGUCGGAGAAAUGAUAACCAGAGUUCAUGAUAACAUGUUUGAGUUGAACAUUUUAUCCAAUCUAAAGGUCCUUUCAUAUUUUUAUACUUGUAUCAACUGGGACCACAAAUUUUUAUCUCCCAUUUUGUCAUAUUGUUUGGACUUACAUCCUGAACAAAAUACAAAAUUAUUUAAAUGAAGAGACAGAGUCAAAAUUAUCUUAAUGCGGAAUCAACUGCAUAGAUUUUUUUAAUCCUGGGGCUCUGUAAUUUCUUAAAAUUGAGGUUUAUUUCUGAGUUCAUUGAGCAAGUUCUUAUGCCAAAGAUAUUUAUAAAUGUGGGAUGGAAUACUUCAAAGUUGUAUUUUUGAAAGUACAAAAUAUGACCAAUAUGUGUAUCAAUUUCUUGAAUGUGUAUACUGUCAACAUAGUUUAUUGUAUAAACUCUUGAAUAUAUUAGGGAAAAAUAAUUGAGCUAUAAAUAUUACAAGUGUGUAAUCCAAGUUUUUUCAUAACAUUAAAAGUUGUUAAUAUUUAGAGUACAUGUUUAUUUUGGCAUCGGUUUUGACAUAGUAGAAGGCUUUCCUGCAUUUUUCUUUUCAUGAAACAAUGGUCUUCAAAAGCUUUGCAGAUUACAUUUGCACAUCCUUGCAUUUUGCUAGUUUGUCAAACAUAACGCUUCAUGCAAGAAAACGAAAUCUCUUAAAGAUCACACACAAUGAAAAGUUUUGUUGCUGUGUUGUAGAAUAGCAAUAGCAUAGCAUAGCAUAGCAUUGAGUGUGAUAUGGUGUUGAAUUGAUUGCCAUCAUCAAACGUGACAUGUUUGUGGUCAAGGUAUUGGCUGUGUGCCAAACUAUUCACUCUUGUAUUGGGAAUAAAAAUAUUGUUUGUUAACAUUCAUUCAAUGCUGUGCAUCCUUUGCAUUGCAUCCAUCUUAAAUUGAGAUAUGUGCAUUUGUUGCAUGCAGUAUACCGCUUUGUCAUUCAUUGUUCCUGAAUUUAAAUAACAAAAUCAUCUCAAAGAUGAUAUGAUAUAUUAAAAUUAGAAUGCAAAUGGUUAUGUACUUUGUGUGAUCAAUGGAGGAUGUGCCCUGUAGUGUGAAUAUGGUAUGAUUUAGUCCUCAGUUUAAAUAUAAUGUCAUGGGUCAUUGGUGCGUG